AGCAAGGAUAGAUUAAGGAUUAAUGAAAGGAAAAUUCUUGUUCUUUCUCUAUGUCUCCAGGGUAAAGGGGAAUUGGAGCCAAGGUUGACACAGAUCAUGAAGGAGGGUUUCUACCCAUCAUCAUGACAGAAUAAAUGAUACUGAACUAGACCUCCCACUAUUUCCCACCUCCUUGGAGACAGCAAGCUUCUGAUGUCCCCAGCAGCCUUGAGUCUUCAACAUUCUGGAAGCAUGGACCGUUUGGACUUGCUUGGGUUCCUCAUCAUCACGUUAAACUGCAAUGUGACUAUUGUGGGGAAGAUCUGGCUUAUCUUCAUGAUCCUGCUAAGGAUGGUGGUGAUCAUUGUGGCUGGGUCCCCCGUUUACCAGGAUGAGCAGGAGAGGUUUGUGUGCAACACUCUGCAGCCCGGGUGCGCCAAUGUCUGCUAUGAUGUCUUCUCCCCAGUGUCCCACCUGCGCUUUUGGCUGGUCCAAAGCGUGUCUGUUCUUCUCCCUUCAGUGGUUUUCAGUGUCUAUGUGCUGCACAAAGGAGCUGAGCUUGCUGCCCGGGGACCCUGUGGGCCAGAUGGUGGUUCAGAAAGCCAGGACCUUGCAGAUCUGAGCCCCAGGGAUAGGCUCUGCCCUCUGCCCUGCAGGGAGGGGCGUAGCCUAGUAGUGCCAGACUUCUCCUACGGCUACAUUGUGCACCUCUGUCUUCGGACCCUGGCAGAGACAGCUUUAGGGGCCUUGCAUUACCUCCUCUUCGGAUUCUCGGUCCCCAACAGGUUUUCCUGCGACCACUCUCCCUGCUCUGGCUCAGUGGAUUGCUAUGUCUCUCGGCCCACAGAGAAGUCCAUGCUGAUGCUCUUUCUCUGGGCACUCAGCGCGCUCUCUGUGCUGCUCAGCGUGGCCGACCUGCUCUGCAGCUUGGGCAGGAGGACUCUCAGGGAGCCGGGACCCGCCGAGUGUCCCCGGGAAAGGAGGCCAGAUCCGGUGGUGCUGGAUAGGCUGGGGGAGGAAAGGGUGUUGCUAGCACACCGUGGCCUGUGGACCAGAGGGCACGGUGCCCACAGCCCCAGUGGUCAGUGGGCUGUGUCGGGGCGGAUGGAGCUUCCAGAGGAGGAUGAGAGUGAGGGGGUGUCCUUUACCAGCGACAAGGUCUCCAGGGCUUGCACAGAGCCUGGGGGCAGGCCUCGCGCAGAGGCCCCUCCGGACUCCCGAAAUGAGCAUCCCUUAAAACCCCACCGUCUGCAGGCCCAGCACUGCCCGUCCAGUCUGUGGCAACCCUCAACCCACCAGGCUGGUGCUGGGAGCGCCCCUCUCCUGGGGACCAGAAGGUCCGAGUGGGUGUGAAAAGGGCGGCCAGGCAGUGCAGUGACUGAAAGACUCGCACCCUAACAUCACCUUGGCACAUGGAAAAUCUUUAUGUUCCUGGAGAAUAUCAAUGGGCAGGAAGGCCAGCUGGCCUGUGACAAGGACUUCAUGGGACACACACAGACUUAUACUAUUGCUUUAAUUUAGAUCACCCUGUCUGCUGAAAGAAACCCUUGCAUUCAAAUUUGGACUGGAAGCUAAAAUGAUUGAUUGCAGUGUCAGGUUGCUUAGGGAUUAUGCUAUACUCUGACUGGCUUGUUAUCUUAUUCUUUAUCAUAGUAUGUGCUUUAUGUAAAGCAUGUUCUUUUACAUUAACAGAGUUCAUUACUGUUUUAAUAUUUUCCAGUGAAUUAUUAUGAUUCUUUUCUUUUUAUUUGUUUUUCAUUUUUUCCUUUUUGUUUAUUUUUCUGCUUGGAUAAAAAAAAAAAGGCAUCUUAAGCAUGUCAUCAGUAGAGACACAUUAGUUUAACUUCUCCAAACCCCUUUAAUAAAAUUAAUGGUGAUUGCUUAUGAUAUCCCACUUCAUACUUCAUUGUUAUAGGAGACAAAUGACAAAUGCAGAAAAUAUGACUAGUUGGGGUUUUAGAGGCAAUGUUGAUGGUUAUAGCAUGCAGAUGGAAGGCGCACAGAAUGUGGGUUGGCCCUGACUUACUUGUUUGUUCUGUGUCUCUGAGUGGUUGUCCUCACUGAUUAGAGGGCCCGCUUGCACUGGAAAUUGUACCUUCAGGUUGCGCUGAGUCUUCAUGCUCCAGUGUAGCAGAUGAGAAGCAUGGGGAAUGCUGUGGUUUCACAGUUCCUGCCCCUCUGCUCAUGGAAUGGGCACAAGCUUAUUGCUGCACUUCUCUGCAUUGCUUUGGUUUGUGUGACUCUGUUAGAUCUGUAAUGCUGCCUUUAAUUGCCUGAUGGGAGGAUGCAGUGCAGCAGAAUGAGCUACUAUGGGACAGGACAAACCUGCUCACUUUCAUCAACAGAGGAGAAGCCAUCUGUUAUACUUUCAGAAUUUAUAAAUAUCCUCUGGUCCCCAAACACAAAAUGGCCUAGGAAGACAUAUUACUCUCACCAUUAAAAUAAUAAAAAAAGGUGAACAAAUGUACCUGUGAAAUCAAUGGACAUUUAACUGUUCUAAAGAAGACUUUGACAAUGAAAUAUCUGCCGAGAUAGAAAAUAAUAUCCUACUCACUAUAUCUACAGGCUAUUAAAGCAAUUGGUUACAACUGAAAAAAAAAUCAUCCAAAAUUGGUUUUGGCAUAAAACCAAUGAAUGUGCCUAUAUUUAAUAUAUGCAGAAAAUCAAUUUCUUUCUCUCUUUCUCCUCAAUUUAUUGAAAACUGAGCCAUGACUCAGACCCUUUUCUUCAAUACUUAGAUCAAUGUCUGCACAUACAAAUAAAUCUGUUUUUUGAAUCUGAUAUUCCUAAAUGAUUCAGGGGCAAAUCUGGUUUUUGUCUCUUGUAGCAUGCAAUUCUGGUGGACUUCCCAAGGGUAGGUGUAGUCUUAGAGAUAUAAGGAUUCUCUAGGGCUUCAUUACUAUUCCCCACCCCCCAAAUUAAUACAUGCUCUUACUGCAUCUUUAAAAUAUCACCAGUAAACCUGAGGAAUCAUUCGGCAUCUUGCUGUUUCUAUAGCCAGACACUUAGCUCUUAUUCAUCAGCCUGCUGAGCUGUUCCUUUUUCAGAAACAUAAAUACCA